AAGUCGCAAGAAGACCACUCUUUGGCUACAUAAAAGCAGCAAGAACUGGAAGCAUUAUUUGCAUUAAAAAAAGAAACCCAAAUUUAGUUUCUUGAAAAGAACAGGAAAAUGGAAUUCAUAAUCGAAGAAGGAAAAUGCCUUAACAAGGAAACCUCAACUCUGAUUCUGCCUGCAUUAUCAAUAGGUAAUGUUGGGCAGUUAGCAGUUGAUUUGUUAGUAUCAUCAACAAGAGCUGAAAGAAUUGGGUAUUUGGAUGAUCCUUAUAUCUUGCCUUGUGUUGGUAACGAUGCUUAUGGUCCCACUCCGUGCGGCGAGCUUGCUCUUCCUCUUGAAGCUUAUGAUUCGAGGAAUAAUGGGGUGGCGCUCGUGCAACAACGAUCUCCGGUUGUUAAGGGGAUGAUGGUCGAAUUUGCUAGGAACCUAGCCGAUUUUGCUGUUGCUACUGGAAUGAAUCAUGUUUUGGUGCUUUCUAGCUUAGAGUUUAUGAGAUUGCAAAAGAUUGAUACAUCAAGUGGCAUGCAGAUAUUUUACCUAUCUAGCACCAAUACUGAUGGAACAGAUGAUUGUUGUGAACGGCUGGGGUGGAAAAAAUGGCAGGAAUAUAAUCCUGAUCAAAGGUCUUGGAAAUAUCUUAGCUCUUUAGCUGAAGGAAAUGCCAGGCAGGAAGACAACCUACCAUUUGAAGAUGAACCAGAAGACGAGGAUUACUACCCAAGUUUGCCUUUUGCUGCCCUUUUUUCUUGUUUCAAGGCAAAAGGGAUAAAAGUUACAUGUUUACUGUGUUACUGCUCUGAAGGGGAUAACACACCUGAAGCUUUUAGUUUGGCUGAGGCAACAAGCAAACUUUUGGGGCUGAGUAUCGAUAACUCCCAUGGAGAAGGUGGUAAAUGGCUCAUCCCAUUUUCUUGGAGGACUGUGUAUGGACCACCCCCAGAUUUGUCAAUGUUUUAGGCUUGAUUAAACCAUACAACAUGAAGUGAUAUUGUCAAUAUGCUGCACUGGAUUUUAGGCACUCUUGUCAGUCUGUUUUCCAGUUUGUCGGGCCAUAUCUGUUUCAUAUAUAUCCCAAAAGAGGGAUCGGGCAAAAAAAUCUGACGAGGAAAAAUGUAGGGCAGAAUCUAGAGGGGGUGGCAUGGAGUACUUUGAACUCCAGUUCCUUCUGUGUUUAAAUGUUGACUUGAACUCAAGAAGGGUGGAAAUUUUGGAUGUCAAAAUUCAUUAUUUUGAAGCAAACUUUUAAUAUGUUCACGAA